AUGUACAGCCUCGAGUCGUCGCUCCCGAAAUUCUACAUUUUCUCGCCGACGGAACUGCACGCGCUCAGCGUCGAAGCCAUUGACCGGCACGGCAACGAUACGGCGGCUGUGGUGCAGCACAUUGUCGACUCGCUGGCUGCCACGCACGGCGCACACAUCAAUCUCGACGAGGAAUGGGUGUUUAACAAUGCGGGCGGGGCCAUGGGCGCCAUGUAUAUUAUCCACGCGUCCAUUACCGAGUACCUGAUUGUGUUUGGGACGGCGGUUGGGACCGAGGGGCAUACGGGAAGACAUACUGCGGAUGAUUAUUUCCAUAUUCUCAAGGGAGAGCAGAUUGCGUAUAUGCCGGGUAAGGGGGUUUAUGAGGCUGAGAGAUACCCUCAAGGCAGCGUGCAUCAUCUCCGCCGGGGCGAUGUAAAGCAGUACAAGAUGGAAAGCGACUGCUUUGCUCUCGAGUAUGCUCGGGGGUGGAUCCCGCUGAUGUUGGGCUUUGGUUAUGCUGAUACUCUCACGAGUACGCUGGAUUUCCCCACGUUGUGGCGCACGACGGUUAUUACGGGCCGCGAGAUGAUUGGCAACUUGGUCAAGGGAAAGCUGUGA